CAAUGUUUGUCUAUGGCGAUUGCAUGGCUGUGUGCUCGAUUUUUAUACACCUGUCAGCAACACACCCGUCCACAUACUUCAUGAAUAUCCAGCAGAUUGUAAGUAACGAGUAAUGAGAUCUAUUAGUCAUUGCAGGAUAGCUACUGUUUGGCGUAGCACAGAGAAUUUUCGAUCAACCUUAACUUGGCGACACUAUCUUCGUCCUCGAUUCAAACAUAUCUUCUAAUAGGUCUGUGUUCAGUUGUAGGUGGUUCGUUUGAAUUUAGAAAAUGCUAGUAAGGAUAGGCCUUUUUUUUCAGGUACAGUAGCAAAAUGGAUAAUUAAUACAUUUUUCCAAUAAAUACCUUUUCCAAAUGACCUUUGUACAGAUAUAGGUUAAGCAUUCACAGUCCCAUUGGCAGAGCGGUCAGUGACUGAUGUAAAUUGCAUCAUAGGCAGUUAUAGUUUUGCAGCCCAAUGGCAAAACCAGGAAGUCAUAGUAGAUUUAUUUUAACGCCAGAAGAUGUAUAUCUAUGAAACAUUCCAUACAGAGCUGAACUAGUGUCUCCCUUUCCUGCUGCGGAGUAGACCUGGUGGGCUGCCAAUACAUUCCGCGAGUCUUUCUGUAGCCUACCCACAUUUGACUUAUUCUGUCAUUUCCUUUCAAUAGGAGUUAGUGAAGGAAGUGUCGCUUUUUCCUCCUGCUUUUCUAAUUUCUUAAACGGAAUCAACGGAGGAGGCUUAGACUACUGGUCUCACUAAGUUUUCACAAUUGCUUGUCUACUUUGAGACAUUUGAUCUUAUGUUAUUUGGGAAUUGGACUAUUAUUGCCAAUUUAAGAAUGCAGGAAGCUGGAGAGUACACUAUGAAAAUGCAUCCGAUGUGGCAGGGACCACUUGUUGCUCCUGGGGGCAACAGACAAUCUCCUAUCGAUAUUCGGGUGCGCAAGAGUGUCUUUGAUCCGCAUCUCAAGCCGCUGACCCCGGAUUACGACCCCAGGACAUGUUCACAGAUAUGGAACAACGGGUACUCAUUCCUGGUUGAGUACGAUGACACCACCGACAAAUCCACACUUAAAGGGGGUCCUCUGGAGGAUAACUUCCGGCUGUGUCAGUUCCACUUCCAUUGGGGGGAGAGCAACGCAUGGGGCUCUGAGCACACAGUGGACCGCCGCCUCUUCCCUGCUGAACUCCACAUGGUCCACUGGAACUCUGAUAAGUACAGCCGGUUUGAGGAGGCGGUGAUGGAGGAGAAUGGACUGGCUGUUAUCGGGGUUUUCCUCAAGAUAGGGAAGAGACACGAGGGACUGCAGAAACUAGUAGAUGUCCUACCUGCUGUCAGACACAAGGACAGUGUUGUUGAGUUCACUAGGUUCGACCCAGCCUGCCUACUGCCCACUAACAUUGAUGAUUACUGGACGUAUGCAGGGUCACUGACCACGCCUCCUCUGACCGAAGCAGUGACCUGGAUUAUCAUGAAGCAGCACAUCGAAGUCAGCCAUGACCAGCUGGCUGUGUUUCGGAGCCUUCUCUUCACCUCAGCAGAGGAGGAGGUGCAGAAGAGCAUGGUCAACAACUUCCGUGUGCAGCAGUCGCUGCAGGGCCGCACUGUGCGUUCCUCGUUUACCCCCUUCCUGAAGGAGGAGCAACCUGCAAAGGGUCCACACACAGGCCACUGACCUUUCGACAGAGACUCACUCGGACCCUUCAAACCAAAAUAAUGCAAUACCCUGGGAAGCACAUUUUUGGGCUAACAAAGUCUUACAUUUGACUCUACAGAAGUCAUACUGCUGGCAUCUUUCCAAACGCUUAUGCAUUCAGAAAGCACUCUGAUUUCACUUAAGUGCCAGGGAUUUUAUAAUUCCAAUGUCACCAUCUAAAAGCUGUUUUGUUGACCAUCCUUGGCACUAGACAGCUGUCUCACUGCCUGCUGUCCUGUCAAUAAGUGAAAGGCAUCAUCAACACAUGGCAGGUGUAUUGCUGUAGUCUAUGCUAACAUAUUUUUUAAACCCCUGUCUCUUAGGUGAAUCAGGUUGUUUUUUUUAUAGAUGCUUUGAAGGUUUAAGUUGUAAACCUUUUUUAUUCAGUCCUUAACAGUCCCACUUGAAAUGCUUCCAGAAACCAAUGAGGGAUUCUGCUGAAAUACAGGUAACUGUCAAAAUAAAGGAAAACACCAACAUAUUGUAAGAGGGUGUUGGGCUUAAGAGGGUGUUGGGCAACCACAGCUUUAAUGUACAAGUGUCUGGAAGUCUUGGAGGGCUGCGACACCAUUCUUCCAUGAGAAAUUCCAUAAUUGUGUGUUUUCCUCCAGGAUUUCCCAUAAGUGUUGAAUUGAGUUGAGAUCUGGUUACUGAGAUGGCAUAUGGCUUACAUCGUUUUUGUGCUCAAAACAUUCAGUGACCACUCGUGCCCUGUGGAUAGGGGCAUUGUCAUCCUAUGGGGGCGUAGCCAAAAUAAUGAUCUGCCCAGCGUUUUAAUACAUCACCCUAAGAAAGCAUGAUGGGCUGUUACCUGCUUAAUUAACUCAGGAAGUGCACCUGUGGAAGCAUCUGCAUUCAGUAUACUUUGUUUCCCUCAUUUACUCAAGUGUUUCCAUUAUUUUGGCAGUUACCUGCACUUAUAUUAUCACCGAUUUAAUAAUCUAAAGCAUAAGAAUAUCACCCUCGUAUGAGCAGUACUCUUGCAGUAAUUGUUCUCCUUCCUUGACAAAGUAUUUGAGGUGAAGGGGCUCCAUAUUUGGAUGUGUGAUUUAGGUUGAAGGUUUAAGCUCUGAACUUGUUUACUGCACACAGCCGAAGAGAUUUGGUUCAUUGUAUUUGGGCCUAGCUAAGGCUCCAAACUGCACAAAUGAGUGUUGCUCAUUGCUUUGAAAGAUGUUUUAGAUGCAUUUGUGAUUGAUUUUAUUACAUAGUAUAUUGAGUGGACUAGAAUGUACAUCUCACUAUCUGUAACUUAGAGGUAAAAAUCAUAUGUGUAGGAUCGACAUCUUUAAGGCCUUAUAAGCACAGGGACACAAAGGCAUUUGUUACAACUAAUAUGCAGAACUAUUUUGUUGAAUUCUAUAGCAAACAUCUGUAUUUUAGCAUGGGUUUCUAGGCAUAUUUCCUCUUGUAAUCAAAUUGUUCUGUUCUACUAAACAGGAAUCUACCAUAGUGCCUUCUAUUUUAUGCAUCAUACUGACACAUGGCGGUCACCUCUGUUCUCAUAGAUCAAUAGCUCACAGCAGUGUGUCUAUUCUGUUGGGGCCUGCUGGUCUAACGCAUAUCGAUAAUAUUCUGCCCCUACCAAGCUUAACAGUCGGUCAAUUUGUAUGUUUGCCAGUUUCUGGUUUAGGCGCUGGGAGAGUAUCACAUCAUGCAUCAUUAACCUGUUAUCUUGUUGGUUCUGUAUUUAUUUAUUGGUGGAGGUCGAUAGGUUUUUACUUGCCUUUUUAGAAGCACACGGACAGGAAUCAUUCUCCUCCUGAUAUUUGUAUGUCAUUUCUUGAGACUUAAGCUUUUUCUGUACUUAAAUAUGUAUAUAUCAAAUUUGAGAUUUUAAAGUUUCCAGCAGAACUGGACAGGGAUUACAGUGGAACCAACUACAUGCAUCAACUUUAAAACAUAACUACACUUAAUGUUACGCUUUAAUAGCGUUCCAAAAGGUUAACUGUAAUAUAAGCACUGCUAUUCCCCAUGUUGACACAAAACCAUGAAACAUGAUAUAGCAGUUGUAAUACCUUGCUGCCUAUUUUCCAUUAGCCUACUUCUAGUUGCAGUUUUCUGGGUGUGCCUUCCAGUGCUUCACUAUUUUCAUCAAAGAAAGGGAGUGAUUGGAUAAAGAGGGGGGUCUUAUGUUUGCAGUGUUCAGAGAAAGUGAAGUAGGUGCUAAAAAGAUUGGAGGAGAAAGGGAUUGAUUGGUUCUAUAAACAGGGAAUGAAAAGGGAGAGCAGACAUUGAGGCAACAUUGGUAUUGUUUGUUCUAUAAAGCAUUAAGUGAGUGAA